AUGUCUAAUAAGAGCUCCCUAGUGAUUGGUAAUAAUACUGCAGGUUUGAAGCAAAUUGAUCUGGAUCAAAUAUGGGGAGACUUACAUGCUGGUAUACAGCAGGUGUAUAAUCGUGAAACUAUGCAUAAAUCUCGGUACAUUCAAUUAUAUACACAUGUCUAUAAUUAUUGCACAUCAGUGCAUCAGCAAGCCAAUGGUCGUGGAUCUUCAAAUACCAACAGUAAGAGCAAAAAAAAUCAAGUUGGAGGAGGUGCUCAAUUAGUUGGUCUGGAGUUGUAUAAGAGACUUAGAGAGUUCCUCAGAAACUACCUAGUGAGAUUAUUGAAUGAUGGAAUCCAUCGGAUGGACGAGGAUGUACUCAAAUUCUACACCAAUCAGUGGGAGGAUUACCAGUUUUGUAGCAAAGUUCUGGAUGGAGUUUGUGCCUAUUUAAAUAGACAUUGGGUGAAAAGAGAGUGUGAAGAAGGUAGAAAGGGUAUUUAUGAAAUUUACCAACUUGCUCUUGUAACUUGGAGAGAUCAUCUUUUCAAGCAGUUGAAUAAAGCUGUAACUAAUGCAGUACUGAAACUCAUAGAAAAAGAAAGAAAUGGAGAGACAAUAAAUACUCGUUUGGUGUCUGGAGUGAUAAAUUGUUAUGUAGAACUGGGCCUGAAUGAAGAAGAACCUGGUGCCAAGGGACCUAACCUCAGUGUUUACAAAGACAGUUUUGAAAAUGUGUUCCUAGAAGACACUGAGAGGUUCUAUACUAGGGAAAGCACUUCAUUUCUUGCCGAGAAUCCUGUCACUGAAUAUAUGAAAAGAGCCGAACAGCGCUUGCUCGAAGAGCAGAAGCGCGUCCAGGUGUACCUGCACGAGACGACUAGCGAGCGUCUGGCGAAGACGUGCGAGCGCGUCCUCAUCCAGAAGCACCUCGAGCUCUUCCACUCGGAGUUCCAGCAGCUGCUCGACGACGACAAGGACGGAGACCUGGGGCGCAUGUACGGCCUGGUGGCGCGAAUUCCCGACGGCCUGGGCGAGCUUAGGACGCUGCUCGAGCAGCACAUCGCCGCUCAGGGACUGGCCGCGGUUGAACGGUGCGGGGAGAGUGCGCACAAUGACCCCAAAGUGUACGUGAACACGAUCCUCGAGGUGCAUAAGAAGUACAACGCCUUGGUGCUGGUCGCGUUCGGCAACGACAGCGGCUUCGUGGCGGCGCUCGACAAGGCGUGCGGCCGCUUCAUCAACGCCAACGCCGUCACCAGGCAGGCGAACUCGAGCAGCAAGUCGCCCGAGUUGCUCGCCAAGUAUUGCGAUCUGCUGUUGAAGAAGUCGAAUAAGAACGCGGAGGAGGCGGAGCUGGAGGACACGCUGAACCAGGUGAUGGUAGUUUUCAAGUAUAUAGAAGAUAAGGACGUCUUCCAAAAGUUCUACAGUAAAAUGCUGGCCAAACGACUUGUCCAGCAUAUGUCGGCUAGUGAUGAUGCAGAAGCGUCGAUGAUCUCGAAACUCAAGCAGGCUUGUGGUUUCGAAUACACCUCAAAACUGCAAAGAAUGUUCCAGGAUAUUGGUGUAUCAAAAGAUUUGAAUGAACAGUUCAGAAAUCACCUAGUUAGAUCAAACGAAUCUUUAGGAAUAGAUUUUAGUAUUCAAGUAUUAUCUUCAGGUUCCUGGCCUUUCCAACAGUCCUUCACUUUUGGUCUGCCUUCGGAGUUGGAAAGAAGCAUACAUAGAUUUACGAAUUUUUACUCUGGUCAGCACUCAGGGAGAAAACUCAACUGGCUUUACAAUAUGUCCAAAGGAGAACUGAACACAAAUUGCUUUAAAAAUAGGUAUACUCUACAAGCUAGCACUUUUCAAAUGGCUGUUUUGCUACAGUACAAUGUAUCAGACAGUUGGACAAUAGCUCAACUCGAAGAAAACACCCAAAUCAAAUGCGAUUUUCUCAUACAAGUUUUACAAAUAUUACUCAAGGCCAAACUACUCUCUUGCGAAGAUGACGAAAAUGACCUGAACCUCAACUCUACUGUGAACCUCCACUUAGGAUUCAAAAAUAAAAAGCUUCGUGUGAAUAUCAAUGUUCCAAUGAAAACAGAACUGAAAAUGGAACAAGAAACAACACACAAGCACAUAGAAGAGGAUAGAAAACUGUUGAUACAGGCAGCGAUCGUAAGAAUAAUGAAAAUGCGGAAGGUGCUGAAACAUCAACAGCUAGUUGCCGAAGUACUGAAUCAACUCUCAUCUAGGUUUAAACCAAGAGUCCACAUCAUAAAGAAAUGUAUAGACAUUCUCAUCGAAAAGGAAUAUCUCGAAAGAACUGAUGGUCAGAAAGACACAUACAGCUAUUUGGCAUGA